AUGUCCUCUGUCGCAGGCACCCUCGAUCGCGCUCCUGGGUCCCUUUCUGGCAAGGCCGUUCGACUCUGCUGGGGCCUCGUCAAGGGCGUCGCGUUCCUCCACAAGCACCUCGUCGCUCACAGGGACAUCAAGCCGGAUAACCUCGUACACGACGGGUACUACUGCCUGAAAAUCAUCGACUUCGACGUUGCGGUUCAACUGCAAGACGAAGACGACGAGGUCGACGACUACCCUGGGACGAGACAUUGGAAGGCGCCCGAGGUCGCAAAAAAGGUGCCGACGUACAGCCCGAUCAAGGCUGACCGAUGGUCGUGCGGGCACGUCGUUCUGCACUUGCUCGAUACGAUUGGGGAACAAGACGGGCUUCUGAGGACGAUCGCGACGACGCUGAAGGCGGAUGAUCCCCAGCAGCGGCCGUCGCUGCUCGAAUGGCGCGAGUGGGCAACCAGAGCGCUCCCUUCCAACGUGGUCGCCCGAACGCAAAAACGGGACGCGGAUGUCGCAGAGCUUCCGGAUGCGAAGAAGCCAAGACUGGCCGAGGCUCAUUCUGCACCGGCUCCGUCUGCUGUUAACAAACCCGAAUAG